AUGAAGCUCCUCGCCCUCAUCGUCCUCGCCGUCGCCGCCGCCAUCCCCACGCAGGCCUGCAAGUGCAUCGACAGCAACGGGUCCCAGAACGUCGGCAACACCAAGACGUGCUGUGCGUCCCUCAACGGGGCGUUCCUCAACGGGAACGACUGCAACGCCAGCUCCAUCUCGGAGCACCUCAGCAACUUCAGGUCCUGCUGCGAGAGCCACGGCAGCCAGACCUCGGACUGCGACUUCCCUUGA